AUGAGGGCCGUGGACGGCGCGUUCCAGGCGUCGCUGCACAACUCGGUGCUCGUGCACCAAGAUGCUGAGGGCGACCUCGAUCGCCUGCUCUCAGACACCGCCGUCGCCGCCUCGGCCGUGGCCCCCGUGCCCCGCCCCUCCGGCCCCGCCGGCGGCCGCGCCGCGGCCGGGGAGACGCGGGCGCACUUGGAGGGGCUGAUGGCGAGCGCGGUGGUGCUGGGGCAGCCGCGGGCGUACGAGCGGUGGCUCAUGGCCUAUGUGGAGUUCCUGGCCGCGUACCCAGAUGAACAGGGCCGGCUGGACGGCGUACUGCAGGAUCUCUUGGGCCCCGUGCGCUGGAGCGCCCCCUCGGCUUCCGAGAUCCCCUGGCGGCCCGAGAUCCUCGGCCUGCCGAAGCGCGGCCUCCUGCAGGCCGCGAUCGCGCGCCUGCGGCGCGUGCCGCAGCUCGCCAGGUACGCGCGCGAGGCCGCCGCGGCGCUCGACGACGCAGAGGCGUUUGCCGAGCGCGAGCUGCGGCGCGCGGGGGCGGCGGGCGGCGGGGACGCAGGGGAGGAGGCGGGCGCGGGCGCGGGCGGCAGGGGGAUGAUCGGGUUUGACCUUGGGCCGGACCCGUUUGACGACUCGCCGGGCGCGGAAGACGAGAUGGCCGUCGAUGGCGGCGGCAGCGGGGGGCUGGGCAGCGGCGGCGGCGGCGGUGGCCACGAGCGGCAGGGGCUGCCUCCGGAUGGUGAUGAUGUGGGGGGAGCGGGAGGGGCGGCGGGACCGACGGAGCAUCUGGAUGGGAUGAAUGGCGCGGUAUUGGGGCCGGGGGCGGGAAGACUGCCCGUGCGGCGCAUCACGGCAGCCCCUGCAGGCAGCGGCGGCGCAGACGGCACAGGCGGCGGCGGCGAGGCGCUUUCGCCGCAGCCGCGGUCGGGGCAGCUGGCGUAG